GAAAGGAAGGUGGAGGUUGAUGAUAAUUGGCAUGGCCAACAAAGUUCUUUUCAUUCAACGAGCAGUGGCCACUUCCGCCUGGGUUGUGCGAGCAAGGGGAACCCACAGAUGGUGGCACUGGACCCCGUUGGAGGGACUCAAUAUGUGGAAAAUGUUUUUUCAACCAUUGCUCUCCGUGUAUAG